AUGACAGGAUCCUUAGUUAUAGCAUCAUUACCUUCUAUUGGAAAACACAAUCAUCAAAUUUCAACACUAAGUGGUAUUGAAGGCAAUUUUACAUUAUCCACUUUUGACAGCUUUAUUAAUAUAUACAAGACUUCACAUCAUUUGGCAUCUGAAGCUGAAAAAGCAUUUGAUGUGCUGAUUGAUUCAUUAAAUGAAGGAACUGAUAUUGUGCGAGCUAAAAGUAAAUAUUACAAUGCACCUGCAUUUAGUGACAUUGCAAUAAAUAUGAAUGAGGAAGAGGCAAAAGAGUAUAACACAAUUGAUGGUAUGUGCUUUGCUAAGGUAAAUUAA